ACAAGUUUGUGAGCUUAGUCGUCUGGCGCCAGCACGCGCCGGUCGCUCCAGCUGAAAAGUGACGUGUGUUUAUGACAUGUGUUUGCUGUUUCAUUAAAUAAAAUUGGUAACGUUUUAAAGACGAAGUCGAGUUAAAUAUAAUUCGCAUGGUUCUCAAGGCAUGUUUCAUAACGUAGCAAUGACAGACGUUACCAGUGUGUCACGUAGUUUCUUGCGUGCGUGCCAAAGCGGAGACGUACGUAGAGUGGAAACCCUCGUUGUAAAACAUGGAAUUUGCGAUUGGUGCGACUUCCGACACUCGGACUCCGGCGACACCGCGCUGCACGUGGCGGCACGAGCUGGCAAUAUGAACGUGGUGAAGUACCUGUGCGAGCAUUUUGAUAUGCCGACGUUUAAAGUCGACGUCGCCAACAAGGAUAUGAAGAGGCCUUUGCACGAAGCCGCGCAAUUUGCACGAGAAGACGUCCUAAAGUAUCUAUUGGAGAAAGGUGCGUCGGUGGACGCUUUGAAGCGCGGCGAUUGGACGCCUCUGAUGCUCGCAUGCACGAAAAGCGGCCACGCAGCUUUCCAAUGCAUCGUUACCCUUCUGAUGGGUAAGGCUAAUGCACGUUUACGCAAUAAAGACGGCUGGACGCCGUUACUCAUCGCUUGUCGAGCCGGUGAUGAAAACGUGAUCGAUUUAUUAUUGACGCACAUGCCAGAGUCCAUUGACGAUCGGAGCAAUAAUGGUCGCAGUGCGUUGCACAUUGCUGCAUUUCACGGUCAUGAGAGAGUAAUUAACUCCCUCGUCGUGUUGAGACCGAGUCUGCUAAACUCACAGGACUCCGCGGGUUCCUCGCCGCUUCACGAAGCGAUGAAAAGCGGCAACGUGAACGCAGCGAGACGCAUCGUACAUCUGGGCUCCGAUGUCAGUCUCGUAGACAAUGUCGGUCAAACUGUUCUGCACGUAGCCGCGUUAACUGGCAACGCGAAAGCUGUUGAAUACAUUUUGGAGCACAAUUUGAUUGACGUGAAUCGCGAAGCUUCUUUCGGCAUCACUCCGUUAAUGGCAGCUCGAAGGAGUAAUCACAGUGACGUUAUCGAUAUACUGACGAAAAGUGGCGCAAAAAUAUCCUGUUUUCGUGGAUUUGCUAAGAAGAAAAUUCUCAACAAGAAUACGGUUGUAUCAAAUCGAUAAAUUUUUUAAUUAGCAAAGUUUUCCAACAAAUUAUGUCCGUAUCUAUGGUUAAGGACGGAUGAGAAACAUACACGCAUUUUAUUCAGAGAU